AUGGAGAUCGGCGACGAGUACAGAAAUGGAGACGGGCGCAGUGGCGCGUCGGGAGCGUCCCGGUCCGACGACAGCGCAGACGAAGAGGAGAGUGCGCUCGAGGCCGAGCUGUCGUUGGAGGAACCCGAUGCCGCCGCGCGCACUCUGCACGCCCUCAACGCGUUACGCAAAGCGCGUCAGCACUACGACGUGACGCUUCUGGCGCGCGGUGUCGAGCUUCCCGCGCACCGGGCUCUGCUGGCCGCACUUUCGCCCGCAAUGCUCGCUUCACUGCCGGCCGCCGCCACCGCGACGCCGCUGCGACUCGACGUCGACCCGGACGCGCUGCACGCGCUGCUCGACUACGCCUACACGGGUCGUCUAAGAGUGAAAGACGCGACCGCUGCGCGUCGCCUCUACCGGGCCGCGGCGCUUCUGCGCGUCGAGUCGGCCCGCGCUCAUCUGGCCGAUCGUUUGCUCCGCCGCAUCACGCCUCAGGAUUGCCUGACGCUUCGCUCCCUUCCGGAUCUGGCUCCGCCUCACAGGCGACAGCUGGACGCGUACGUCGCGCAGCACUUCGACGAGGUGUGGGGCUCGAGCGCGUUGGCGGCCCUUCCCCUCGUCCGCUUGGAGCUCUUGCGCGAGACGAGCGCCGACUCCUGUGGCGAGAGGGCCGCCACGCUGGCUAGUGCCGCGUUAGCGUGGCUUCGCGCGUCUCCGUCGGAGCCAGCCGAGCUGGCCGCGCGGUCCCACCUACUGUACGUGGACGCGGGUGGCGCGCUGCAGGACUGCGGCGAUCUACCGGCGGCGCGCGGGGAUGCCCCGGAUCUCGAGGAGUACAAAAGAGAGCGCGCGAGCGGGACCGCGAGGCACCGCGGCCGGCGGCGGGUGGCGUGGCGAGGCGUCAGCGCCUCGGACACGCCCCGCGGGGGCCGCCUAGCCGCGCCCGCCGUCGAUGACGACUCCGCCGAUCUUCCGACCGAGGAGGGCCCGACGCGCGCCCGCAUGUCUGUCGGGCGUUGCGCGGUGGGCGCCGCCGAGCUGGGAGGCAGACUCGUGGUGUGCGGCGGCUACGACAGCGCGCGAGUGCUACGAAGCGCCGAGGCCUACGACCCCGAGGCCGACGUCUGGGCGCCGUUACCGGACAUGCGCCGCGCGAGGGCGCGUUUUCCCGCCGCACGCCUCGGCGCCCGCCUCUACGUGCUCGGCGGCUCCGAUGGUUACUCGGAGCUCGACUCGGUCGACGUGCUGUCGGACGGCGCGUGGGUCGGCGUCGCCGCGCUGCCGGUGGCCCGACAGUACGCGGCGGCGGCGGCGCACGAAGCGCGCGGCGAAUUGUACGUGGUCGGCGGGUCGGCAGGGGGCCGCUCGCUACGCGCCGUGCAUCGUUACGACGCCGCCGCGGACGCCUGGAGCGACGCUCCGCCGCUCGCGACCGGCCGCUCGCAAUGCGCCGCAGCGGUGUGGGCCGGGGCGCUCUGGGCGCUCGGCGGGUGCGACGAGUGGCGCUGCCUCGCGUCCACCGAGACCCUUGCGCUCGACGGGGCCGAAGCGGGUGCGUGGAGCGCGGGGCCGGCGCUGCCUUCAGCGCGGCGCAGCGUCGGAGCAUGCGUGUGGCGCGGGGCACUGUGGGCGGCGGGCGGUUCGGCGGGGGCGGCCUCGUUGCGUUGCACGGUCCUGCUGGCGGCUCGGGGCGCCACCUGGCGGCCGGGCCCCUCGCUUCGGCGGCCUCGGGCGGCGCCCGCGCUGGUGCCGGUGGGCGCGUCGCUAUUCGCGGCGGGCGGAUACUCGGGCAAGCGGUUUCUGUCUUGCGUCGAGUGCCUCCACGAGCCGGACGGAGUUUGGACGACGCUCCUCGAGUCCGUCGAGGUGACGCCGGACGCGACGCGUCUCUCUCUGACUCCGUCGGGGCGGGAGACCGAAGAGGCCGUCUGA